AGAAACCCCCCUUGUUGAGAAGUUAAAUUUACACCAUUGAAUGACGUAUUAUAAAUUAAAAUUAAAAAGCGGGAAUCCAUGACUGUUAAGCAUAUAUAAAACAGUCUUGAAUGUGAUUUUUCUAAGAAAAUCCAAGCAAAAGAAAAUGAUUGUUUUCUUCUUUGCAAUAUUUACACCAGCUGCAACAGGUUCUGGGGAUAUCAGAUAUGUUGAAUAUACAACACAAGUCAAGCUGAAUUGUGACUGCCUUUCGAAAGACAGUUUAAGUAAAUCCAAACGAUGGUAUAAAAAUGGAUCCUUAAUUGAAAUUAUAUCUAAAGACGAGUGGGGUCCGCUUCUGGUAGAUAAUGGUGAUACAUUGCUGGUGCAAAGUGUCCAAAACCUUAAAGAAAACAUCACGUAUGAGUGCAGAGUUGUUCUAGGAGACGAGUCAGAACAUGUUUGUAAAAGUUACAUCGUUAAAGCCUUUCAAUGUAGACACCAUUCGGAAUCAAUUGAGCCCCAGAAUUUGACCAACCUGGCUGUAGGUGACUCGCCAGUGUUCACUUGUAAACAUUACUUCUCUUGUGACAAAGUUAAUGAAAAUCAUUCCGUCUCCAUGAAAACCUAUGCUAAACACAGGGAGAACUUGCCUUGUACCAUCAGUGACCAUGGAUUAACACAUGAAUGCAAGCUGAAAAUUAAAAAUAUAGCAGAAGACGAUUUUGGUAAAACAAUUCAGUGCGUUGUGAAUGACAGUGGAAUUAUUUCUGUACAUGAAGCGUUCCUAAUUAAAAGAGAAUCGAGCACGAUUACAUUCCAACAUAAUGUGCCAGCAUUACCAGUAAUUCUACUUGUUUUCAUCACCUUGGUCGUUGUAUCUGCAUGUAUAGUAAUAAUUCUCAAUUGUUACAUCAAAAAACAAAAACCUCCACCCUGUUCAACUUUCCCUAACAAAGAUCAGAAGGAUUACCAGUGUGCAUAUCAUAUUAAUCCAUCCCCAGUGUGGUCCUCUUUAACAAGUCAUAAAAAGACAACUUCUAGUGAAUACCUGAUAGAGGAAUACAUUUGACUCGCGUGUUUCAACCAGUUGUGACUCCUGUAUCCUCAAUGCUACACAGAGAAUGAAAAGCAGACACUAUAUCACAUUGACUGUUUCAUACUUGGACAUUUUACUUGAAAAAAUCGUUAAUUGUCAUUUGAAAAUUAACCUCUAUGAUAAAGGUGAUGACUUUAACUUUUCUAUCGUCAACUUCCCUUACUUAUGCAGCAAUAUUCCUUCAUCACCUGCAUACGGAGUGUAUAUAUCUCAGUUGAUUCGAUACGCAAGAGCAUGCUCUACGUAUGAACAAUUUCUAAAACGAGGUAUAUUAUUGACAAGCAAGUUGAUGAAACAAGAAUAUCAACAGUCUCAUUUAAAGUCAUCAUUUCGUAAGGUCUUUGGUCGAUAUAAUGACCUUGUCAGCAAAUACAAUUUAUCAUUGAGUCAAAUACUGACUGACGUUUUUCAUGCUAAUUGUUAGUCCAUUAUUUAUGCACUGAAUUAACGACGGAUUUUCCCGUUAUUUCCCGAUCGUGACAAGGAGCAAACGGCCUGUGUGACCGGUCAGCAGGGGACGCUCUCUCCUCCAGGCAUCUGAUCCCACCUCUGACGUUUCAGAAGUACGUGUUUGCUCUGCUCCUAUUUUGUAUUGUUUUAUGGACUUUGAUAUUGAAUACUGAUCGUUAUCUCCAUAUCCUUCAUAUAUGGCAUUCAUCAAAUCUUGUAAAGAACAUGGUUUUUAGGCUCUAACGUCAAUCUCAGCAAAAGUAAUAUGCAUGUCCCAUUUUAUUUUACAAGUUGUGUAAAUAUGUUAUGGUUGUGAAAAUGUUGUUCAUUUCGUAUUUUAUCUGACUCUGAUGCAAAAGUGAAGAAAACCAUGGCAUUCUUAAUUUUAAAUAUAUUUCCCAACAUGUAAUUCUUUUAAAU